AUGUACGCCAUGGGUGUCACGGAAGUCGACACGAUGCUCAUGAUUUUGGGCGUUAGCGUCGACAUGGAGCCCGACGCCAUGGACUACGUCACCAAGGAGUUGAUCCGUGGUUUCAACGACCAAGCGCGCGUCGCGGUUACGAACGUCACUGGCGGGCAGACCGUUCGCAACCCGUGGCCGAUGAUCGGCGGUGUGGCUUCCUCGACGUGCCGGGAGGGCGAAGACUUCAUCCGUCCAGUCCACGGCGAGCCUGGCGACGUGAUCGUGCUGACGAAGCCGCUGGGCACGCAAUUGGCGGUGAACAUGUUCGAGUGGCUGCGCACGGCGGCGAAGUUCAACCGCGUGCGCGCAGUGCUGAGCGUGGAGGACGUGGUGGCGUCGUACAAGAUGGCGAUGGAGUCGAUGUCGACGCUGAACCUGGAGGGCGCGCGUCUGAUGUGGAAGCACCACGCGCACGGGUGCACGGACGUGACGGGGUUCGGCGUGACGGGCCACGCGACGAACCUGGCCGCCGAGCAGGAGAAGGCGGUGGACCUGGUGGUGGACACGCUGCCGAUCAUCAAGAACAUGGCCAGAGUGGAGAGCCAUCUCAACAACAACUGGAAUCUCUUCAAGGGACGCUCCGCGGAGACCUCGGGAGGCCUGAUGAUCAUGAUGCGUCCGGAGGACGCGGAGGCGUACAUCAAAGAGUACAAGGAGAUCACCGGGCAUGAUGCGUGGAUCAUCGGGAAGGUCGUGGAGGGUCAGCGCAAGGGGUACGUGGUGGAGAACCCCACGCUGAUCGAGGUGACGGACUGGUAAGAGGCGCGCGGGCGGGGCGCGGGAGGAUGGUUGCCGCGACCCAGGCCAACAGCUGGGACAACGGCGACGCGGCGAAUAUGACGCGGAUAGCAGGAAACUCUAGGUGCUAUCCGCCGAACUGCUGCAACAUCGGAACCGCCUCGCCGAGCUCGCUCGAGCCGGUUCGGUCUUUUUACGUUUGAAUGCC